AUGGGCAAUACAUGCCGUGGAUCUUUCAAAGGAAAACUUUAUCAGGGCUACAAUCAGCCCGACGAGCAAUCCACCACCACUGCCUCCAAUUCCAAGCGCAACGCCUCCUCUGAUAACUCCAAUUCUGAGCAUUCCCAGUCUAGCCUAACCUCCCAAGAACUCAUCCAGAAAAAGGACAGCAAUUUACCUCUCAUUAGCCCCAACAAGAAAGAUACGAUGAUGAGGCGCAGUGUUGAUAACCAGGCUUAUUAUGUUUUAGGCCAUAAAACUGCAAACAUUCGUGAUCUUUACACUUUAGGUCGUAAAUUAGGACAAGGACAAUUUGGCACUACUUAUUUAUGCACUGAUAUUUCUACGGGGAUUGAGUAUGCUUGCAAAUCUAUAUCCAAAAGGAAGUUGAUUUCCAAGGAGGAUGUCGAGGAUGUUCGGAGAGAGAUUCAGAUAAUGCACCAUUUGGCAGGUCAUAAUAAUAUCGUGACCAUUAAGGGUGCAUACGAGGAUCCAUUAUAUGUCCAUAUUGUUAUGGAGCUUUGCUCUGGAGGAGAGUUGUUUGAUAGGAUCAUCCAAAGGGGGCAUUACAGUGAGAGGAAGGCAGCUGAGUUGACUAAGAUCAUUGUCGGGGUUGUGGAGGCAUGUCACUCACUAGGGGUUAUGCAUCGAGAUUUAAAGCCUGAGAACUUCUUGUUGGUGAAUAAGGAUGAUGAUUUCUCACUCAAAGCUAUUGAUUUUGGACUCUCUGUGUUCUUCAAACCUGGUCAAGUUUUCACUGAUGUUGUGGGAAGCCCAUAUUAUGUUGCUCCAGAAGUACUCCUCAAGCACUAUGGGCCAGAAGCAGAUGUGUGGACAGCUGGGGUCAUAUUGUAUAUAUUGCUAAGUGGAGUACCACCAUUUUGGGCAGAAACACAACAAGGAAUAUUUGAUGCUGUGUUGAAGGGAUAUAUCGACUUUGACUCAGACCCAUGGCCCCUCAUAUCAGACAGUGCCAAAGACCUCAUCCGGAAGAUGCUUUGCUCUCAACCCUCAGAGCGUUUGACUGCUCACGAAGUGCUAUGUCACCCAUGGAUAUGUGAAAAUGGAGUUGCUCCAGAUAGAGCACUGGAUCCUGCUGUGCUUUCUCGUCUCAAGCAGUUCUCUGCAAUGAAUAAAUUAAAGAAGAUGGCUUUACGGGUAAUAGCUGAAAGCCUUUCGGAGGAGGAAAUUGCUGGUUUGAAAGAAAUGUUCACGGCUAUGGAUACUGAUAACAGUGGUGCAAUCACGUUUGAUGAACUCAAAGCUGGUUUGCGAAGAUAUGGCUCUACCUUGAAGGAUACUGAGAUACGUGAUCUUAUGGAUGCGGCUGAUGUGGACAACAGUGGAACAAUUGACUAUGGAGAAUUUGUAGCUGCUACAGUUCAUCUUAACAAAUUAGAGCGUGAGGAACAUCUUGUUGCAGCAUUCCAAUAUUUUGACAAGGAUGGAAGCGGUUAUAUUACAGUCGAUGAGCUUCAACAAGCUUGUGCUGAACAUAACAUGACCGAUGUUUUACUUGAAGACAUAAUCAAAGAAGUUGAUCAAGAUAAUGAUGGAAGAAUUGACUAUGGUGAAUUUGUUGCCAUGAUGCAAAAAGGCAAUGCAGGAAUUGGUAGACGAACUAUGCGAAACAGUCUGAAUAUGAGCAUGAGAGAUGCACCAGGGGCCCUAUAG